CGUAUUCUGGUCAAGCUAUUUCGACAGGCACUCCCCGCUCCAGUCAGCGAGGAUUUGGCUCAGAUGAGAGCCUUCUCCCGUCGCGUCCGGUGCUCUGGCUCCUCGCUGCUGCGCCCCCCUCCCCGCCGCUCCCUAUGUUAGAGAGAGAGAGAGAUACAUGCCGAAACCCUGCAGCUGGGGUUCCCUGCACCGAGGCAGCACUGCGCAGGAUGUCGAGGGAGAGGGAGAAGGAGAGAGAAUCUCAGUUGCCACAUCCCUGACACGGUUGAGCAUUUACGCGCGAUCAAAUAGCAGAUCUCCUGCAGCCCGGCUCUGCCAUCAGGACUAAUUUCAUCGUCAAAACUUUUCAGUGCUUCAUUCUGACACGAGCUGGUUUUAUCCAUUCGGUGCGUGGUGAUGAAAAGGCUCAACUUUUACAAGCAGACACCAUCCGCACGGCGGUCAAGUUAUUCCAUCUUCUUUUGGUGCCAGUUAUACAGCCUCCCCCCUUGCCAUCGAGCCCGUUAGCCAGGUUUGAUCUCAACUCCUUGGCUCCAAAGUGGAGGGAAUUACCCCCACUUUGAGUCUCCAAUGAGAAGAACAAGAAGAGCAACAGCGGGAAAUGCAGAGCUUGACUUUUUUUCAACCCAUUAGCUCUUUGUCUGACUGCUACUGCUUUCUGGUGAAAUAGAGGGUCAGGACUGUCUGGAUAAAACCCUGAGGGUUUUGACAUUUCAGCUUUUCUGCCUUUUUUUGUUGUUAUUAUUUUUUUCUUAUUUUUUAAUCUUUUGCUCUGCUUCUGGCCUCUGUGCCUUUCGGAGGCUGCCCAGAUGAAGGGGUGGUGUUGCUCAGGCAUAUGCAGAACCCUGGCUCUCCUGUCAGCCCUGUUCCCCUCGUGGGAAAGGUGCUGCCUGGGGCUGGAUCCCAGCGCUGGGGAUCUGGAGAAGUACCCACAAUCUGAUCCAGACCCCUGGGAGGUUUUGCACAGGCACAGACGCAGCUGGGUAUGGAACCAGUUUUUCGUAUUGGAGGAGUACACAGGAAAUGAACCCCUCUAUGUUGGCAAGCUACACUCUGACGUAGACAAAGGAGAUGGAAAAGUGAAGUACGUCUUAUCUGGCGAAGGCUCCUCCUCCAUCUUCACCAUUGACGAGAACACAGGAGACAUCCAUGCCACAAAGCGGCUAGAUCGGGAGGCACAGGCCUACUACACCCUCCAAGCUCAAGCUGUAGACCGACUCACUGAUUUACCCGUAGAGCCAAAGUCUGAAUUUGUGGUCAAGGUCCAGGACAUCAAUGAUAAUGAGCCUAAAUUUCUUGAUGGACCGUACUUGGCAGGGGUACCUGAGAUGUCACCCUUAGGAACAAUGGUAGUGCAAGUGGCAGCCACAGAUGCAGAUGACCCAACAUAUGGGAACAGUGCUAGGGUUGUCUACAGCAUCAUCCAUGGACAGCCGUACUUCUCGGUGGAGCCCAAGACAGGGGUAAUCAGAACAGCUCUGCCCAACAUGGACCGGGAGACGAGGGACCAGUACGUGCUCAUCAUCCAGGCCAAAGACAUGGUCGGUCAAAUGGGUGGCCUCUCCGGCACCACCUCCGUCACCGUCACACUCACCGAUGUCAACGACAAUCCGCCUCGGUUUACUCACGAGAGCUAUCAGUACAAAGUGCUUGAGUCAUUGUCACUGCAAUCUGUGGUGGCAAGAAUCAAAGCAGCUGAUGCAGAUAUAGGCUCCAACGCAGCAAUGGACUACUGGAUCAUGGACGGAGACGGGCCUGGCAUGUUCAACAUAACAACAGAUGAUGAUACACAAGAGGGGGUGAUCAUUCUGCUUAAGCCUCUAGACUUUGAAACAAAGAGCAGCUUUUCUUUGAGAAUCGAAGCCACAAACCGGAAUAUUGACUCCAACUUCUUGAGCUUGGGCCCAUUUAGCGACACAACAUCAGUCAAAGUAACAGUGCAAGAUGUGAACGAGCCACCCAUCUUUUCCUCACCACUAAACAACAUGGUUGUUCCAGAGGACGCCAGAGUGGGCACCUCAAUUGGGAGGGUCUCUGCCCAUGAUCCAGACACCUCCAGCAGUGCCAUCAGGUACUCCAUAGACAGAAACACAGACUUGGAGCGAUUCUUUAACGUGGACGCUGUGAGUGGGAUCAUCAGCACAGCCAAGCCUCUGGACAGAGAAGCCAACUCGGUCCAUAACCUCACCAUCUUUGCCAUUGAGAGCCAGGACCCAACCCAAAUUGGAAAAAGCAUUGCUCUCGUCACAGUUAUGGACAUAAAUGAUAAUGCACCGGUCUUUGCCAUAGACUAUGAAACUCUCCUUUGUGAAAACGCUAUGCCAGGACAGGUAAUCCAGACCAUCAGUGCGGUGGAUCAGGACGAACCUCUUAGUGGUCACCGCUUUUAUUUCGCCCUCGCUGCAUCUGUUGCUGGCAACCUUAACUUCACUCUGCGAGAUAACAAAGACAACACGGCGUCCGUGCUGACGAAGCGAGGUGGUUUCAGGAGACGAGAGCAGCCUGUGUAUCGGCUGCCCGUGUUGAUCGUGGACAGUGGGAGUCCUGCCCUCAGCAGCACGAACACACUCUCAGUGCAUGUGUGUGACUGUGACGCCGACGGCGUUGCCUCGUCUUGCGGAGCCGUGGCCUACACAGCGACUGGCCUGAGCACCGGCGCUCUCUUGGCUAUUUUAGGCUGCAUCAUCACACUACUGAUGAUGGUUCUGCUAAUUGUGUCAAUGCAUCGGAGAAGGAAGGAGCCUCUGAUUCUUGAGGAGGAGAGGGACAUCAGAGAGAACAUUGUCCGUUACGACGACGAGGGCGGGGGAGAGGAGGACACAGAGGCCUUUGACAUGGUUACCCUUCGCAACCUGAAUGUCAUCAGAGACCCCAAUUUACGGCGAGAUGUCACACCAGAUACACCUACAUUUUUUCAUUACCCAUCAGCUACUCGUCCAUCCCAUAAAUCCCUGCCAGACAAUGUGGUGUUUCGAGAGUUUAUUUGGGAGCGACUUCAGGAUGCUGAUGUGGACCCAUCAGUGCCCCCCUAUGACUCUCUGCAGACAUAUGCUUUUGAAGGCAGCGGCUCGGUAGCAGAGUCACUAAGCUCACUGGAGUCACUAAGUACAGACUCAGAUCAGAACUAUGACUAUCUCAGCAACUGGGGACCACGCUUCAAAAAGCUGGCCGACCUGUACGGCAACAGCGACAGCACCAGUGUCUUUUCAUAACCCCUAAAUGUCUCUCUUAACAUUUAAAUGAGAGGAAUUUAUUGUCAGAGAUAAUAUUUGUCUGCCUUCGUGCACUGGAGGAAAGGAUUCAAAGACAACAUGAGACUGAGAGAUAAACACUUUGACUUCAAAGGUUUUUGGUUUGUUUACCUCCUUAUAUGGAUUUUCAAAAGUAUGCCAUGGUGAGUUUUGACACAGACUUCAAAAGUGGCUUGAGUGAGGAGGAAACCUUGUGUGCAGAAGACAUUAAAGGUUUCAGAUUUUGGAGUUUGAACCCAACCAUUAACUGCAGAAUGCAUACAUGUUGGAGUAUUUACAGGGGGAGGCAGCUGUCUUUUCAUUCCAGCGAUGGGCACCGGCCCAGCACUCCUGUUUUGAUGUAUUCCUUUGCCAUCUUUGUGCUUGGAAAAAAAACAACAACAAAAAAAAAAACCAACAUGUUAACUUGUCUGUUCAUAUGAAAUUUCACAAUUUUUUCCGUUUUGUUCUAUUCUUUCUUGGUUGGAGGGGCAGGGUAAUGAGGGGCUGUUUUCAUACACAUUAUUCAUGGAAUCAGUCAUACCUCUCAACACUAUAUGAAAAGUGCAACUGCACACAAAAUAUAAACACCUAGUAGAUGUGCUAAUGAAGUGUUGUGAAGACAUAACUUGUGCAAAUUGAUUUCUCCACUUGGUGAAACAGGAAAGCUUAUGAUUUCUCUUAUUCUCCCAACAAUACAUUUUGCAGUGUAGUGUUUGUCUAAGUAUGUUUUUUUGCUUUUUUCUAUUGCCAGUCCAGUGAAUGAUUUUUGAGCUGAGUUCUGCUUUUAUAGGAGGGUGGGUUUGUGGGCGUCUGCCACGUCAGAAAACUCUGCUGAAGAGCUGUCCUUGUUGUGCUUGAUUUCAAAAUUCUUGCCACCUAGAAAAUUAAGUGGCAGUCUUUACUGGGGUGAAGUUGCAGUUUGUAAGUUAAAGAAUUUUACUUCGGUAGUUUGCAGAGUCUAACAUUUAUUGUCAUUCAGAAAUGAAACCAAUAAUGUUCAUGGUUUAUUUGUUGAAGGCAAAAGGACACACUGUACCAAAUUGGGUGUCGACAUGUACAACCAAUAUGUAUCAUUAUUUAUUUUGAAGAGGCAGAAAUGUGCAAAUUAUGUUUUUAUCCAUUUCCUGAAAAUAAAAUUGCCAUUCAGUU